AUGGGUGAGUGGUGGAACAUGGUGUGCGAGUGCAACGGCAAGUCCCGGCAGUGUGUGUUCGAUGUGGAGCUGCAGCGUCAGACGGGGGACGGGCUCCGCUGCGUCAACUGCGCGGACAACACGGACGGCCGCCGCUGCGAGCGCUGCAGGGACGGCUUCCACCGGCCCCAGGACCAUGAGCGCUGCCGGCCGUGCGCCUGCCACGCCAAAGGUGCUCUGAGUGCGCGGUGUGACAGUUUGGGGCGGUGUCGCUGCAAACCCGGAGUGACUGGGGACAAAUGCGACCGCUGCCUGCCAGGCUUCCACACGCUCACCGAGGCGGGCUGCUCCCGGGACCAGCGGCUUCUAGACCCCAAGUGCGACUGUGACCCAGCGGGCAUCGCGGGGCCGUGUGAGUCGGGUCGCUGCGUCUGCAAGCCAGCUGUCACCGGGCAGCGUUGUGACAGGUGUCGCCCAGGUUACUACCACCUAGAGGCUGGGAACCCUGAGGGCUGCACCCAGUGUUUCUGCUACGGUCACUCAGCCACGUGCCACAGCUCCGGAGAUUACAGCGUGCACAGGGUCAGCUCCACGUUUCAGCAGGAUGCUGACGGCUGGCGGGCAGAGCAGGGGAGCGGCGGGCGGGCCAACCUGCAGUGGUCCCAACGCCACCGGGACGUCUUUGCUUCCUCACGGCGGGGGGAUCCCGUCUACUUCGUAGCUCCUGCCAAGUUUCUCGGCAACCAGCAGGUCAGCUAUGGGCAGACCCUGUCGUUUGCUUACCGCGUGGAUCGGGGGGGCAGACGCCCGUCGGCCCACGAUGUUGUCCUGGAAGGGGCCGGUCUUCGGGUCACGGCGCCCCUGAUGUCCCCGGGAAGGACAUUGCCUUGUGGGAUCACCAAGACCUACACCUUCAGACUAAAUGAGCAUCCGAGCAGUCACUGGAGCCCGCAGCUGAGUUACUUCGAGUUCCGGCGUUUACUACGGAACCUCACGGCCCUGCGCAUCCGGGCGACCUUCGGGGAAUACAGUACCGGCUACCUGGACAACGUGACCCUGGUCUCGGCCCGGCCCGUCUCGGGCGCCCCAGCUCUCUGGGUGGAGGAGUGUGUCUGUCCCGCCGGGUACCGGGGCCAGUUCUGCCAGGACUGUGCUCCUGGCUACAAGCGGGACUCGGCCCGGCUGGGGCCUUUUGGCUCCUGCAUCCCCUGCAACUGCCAGGGAGGCGGCGCCUGCGACCCAGACACAGGAGACUGCUACUCGGGGGACGAGAACCCCGACGUGGAAUGUGCCGACUGCCCCGUGGGCUUCUACAACGACCCCCACGACCCCCGUAGCUGCAAGCCGUGCCCCUGCAACCCGGGCUUCAGCUGUGCUGUGAUGCCCGAGACGGAGGAGGUGGUCUGCCACAGCUGCCCCCCGGGGGUCACAGGUGCCCGCUGCGAGCUGUGUGCCGACGGCCACUUUGGAGACCCCCUCGGGGAGCGGGGCCCCGCCAGGCCAUGCCAACCGUGCGACUGUAACCACAACGUGGACCCCAGCACUUCGGGCAACUGUGACCGCCUCACAGGCCAGUGUCUCAAGUGCGUGUACAACACGGCCGGCCCCCACUGCGGCCAGUGCAGAGCCGGCUACUUUGGGGACCCCCUGGACCCCAACCCGGAGAAGAAGUGUCGAGCGUGCGGCUGCAACCCCGCAGGCUCAGAGCCCGUGCCAUGUCGCCAGGACGGCAGCUGCGUGUGCAAGCCGGGCUACCAGGGGCCCCGGUGCGAGCUGGCGGCGCUGACCAGCUGCCCUGCCUGCUACAGCCGCGUCACCAUGCAGCUGGACCAGUUCACCCAGCAGCUGCAGGGCCUGGAGCUGCUGGUUUCCGAGGCUCAGGCUGGCGGCGCCGUGCCCAGCGCGGAGCUGGAGGGCCGGAUGCAGAGGGCCGAGCAGGCAUUAAGGGACGUGCUGGGAGAAGCCCAAGUCUCAGAAGGUGCCCUCCGGACCCUCCAUCAGCAGUUGGCCAAGGUCCGGAGCCAGGAGAGCAGCUUCCGGGAGCGUCUGGACGGGCUGCAGCGGGCAGCCGAGCGCGUGCGGGCCCUGAGCGACCAGAACCGGCACCGCGCCCAGGACGCCCACAGGCUCAUCGCCCAGCUGCAGCUGCAGCUGCAGGACAGCGAGGCCGCCCUGCGGGGGGCAAACAUCCCCCCCGCCGACCGCUACGAGGGGCCCAACGGCUUCAAACAUCUGGCGCAGGAAGCCACGAGACUGGCUGACAGCCACGAGGAGACGGCCAGCAACAUAGAGCGACUGACCCAGGAGGCCGACGGCUAUUCCCGCCAGGCGCUGGCUCUGGCCCGCCAAGCCCAGCAGGGCAGCGGGGGCGCAGAGGGGGGCCUGGAAGAGACCCUGGUGCAAGGCCUCAAGGGAAGGCUGGAGAAGGCCGAGGCCCGAGCCCAGCAGCUGACCCGAGCGGCGGCCCACGCCACGGCAGAGGCAGACGGUUCUUACCAGCAGAGUCUACGGCUCUCGGAGGAGGCCGCGCAGCUCCAGGGGGCCACCGGCCAGUCGUUCCAGGUGAGAGAAGCCUCUGGGAUCCAGCAAAGCGCGGACGCCCUGUCCAGCCUGGUGGCCAGGCAGACGGAUGAGUUUAACCGCGUGCGGACCGAUCUGGGAAGCUGGGAAGAGGCCACCCGCUCGCUUCUGCAGGAGGGGAAGGACUCGAGACAGAAAUCAGAGCAGCUGCUGUCCCGAGUCAACCUGGCUCACACCCGGGCCCAGGAGGCCCUGAGCAUGGGCAACGCCACCUUCUACGAAGUCGAGGGCAUCCUGAAGAACCUGCGAGAGUUCGACCUGCAGGUGGGGGACAAGAGGGCCGAGGCGGAGGAGGCGCUGCGCCGGCUGCCGCUCAUCAGCCAGACGGUGGCCGCCGCCAGCGACAGGACCGAGCAGGCCGAGGUGGCCCUGGCUGGUGCCGUCACCGACACCCAGAGGGCAAAGCUGGCAGCCACCGAGGCCCUGGAGAUCGCGGGCAGGAUGGAACAGGAGAUGGGGAGCCUGAACUCGAAGGCCAACGUGACGGCUGACGGUGCGCUGGCAUUCGAGAAGGGGCUGGCCACGCUGCGGACCGAGCUGAGGGACAUGGAAGGCGCCCUGGACAGCCGGGGGCGGGCGCUAGACGCCGGGGCCGACGCCGUGCAGAGGGUGAUGAGCGAGGCCCAGAGGGCGGAGACGAGAGCCCAAAGCGCGGGCGUCUCCGUCCAGGAGACGCUGGACGCACUGGACAGUAUCCUACACCUGAUAGACCAGCCCGGCGGUGUGGACGAGGACGGCCUGAUCCAGCUGGAGCUGAAGCUGUCCCGGGCCAAGGCCCAGGUGCAGAACCAGCUGCGGCCGCUGAUGGCAGAGCUGGAGGAACGGACCCGGCGGCAGAGCGGGCAGCUGAGUUCGUUGGAGCGCAGCAUCGACACGGUGCUGGCCGACGUCCGCAACCUGGAGCACAUCCGGGACCACCUGCCCCCCGGCUGCUACAACACACAGGCGCUGGAGCAACACUGAGGCGACUCGCCAGAUAACCCUCAGAGGGGGCCGGACGGGGCAGUCAGCAGCCCUCGAGGGGCUGACCAGAUCCCUCGAGGGCUAACUGGAUCAAAUGACUCAC